UUCUCUGUCCCUCGUCCUCUUUCCUCCUCGUUUCCCGUCGCUCGACGCUUCUUGUCGCGCGAACGCACCUCGCCUUGUGUUCCGCAGCAGAACAUUACACGAAGCGCCUCGAACCAGUGUGGAACGGUUUGCUGCAAACCACCGGGGCAGUCCUCGCAUUUGCCUCCUCGUGGAGAAUUAGGAAUUGAAAUAAAACUCGCACAGCGAUGAAGUACUCGCCGCAGCAGCAGCAACAGCAAAAGGAAAGGAAGUCGGAGAGCGACGUCUGCUCGAUCGAGGCGACACCGAAACGGGGAGCGCGACGACAAUCGACGUCGACGGAGUGUAAAGAUUCGUCGAAUUCGUUGGCGGGCAACGCGAUCUACCGUUCGCCAUCGACGGGGAUAUUCGCCUGGAUGCGCGUGUUCCGGCUCGCCACGAUGCUUCACCAAGUCGGCUGCUAGAGCCGAGCGUCACGGAGCAGACGGCCGACGCGCCGCUAAUUCAUAGAUGUAUUUAACAAAUUAAAAUUUAAAGUACCGCGUACACGUGUGCACCCAUCGCGCCCGCACUCGUGCAAAGGCCAGGUCGCGCGCGCGGUCACACGUGUACAGGUGCGCCCGACGACCCUUUCCUCUUGGUCGUGAUUUACCUAUCCAUAGGGUUUGUCGGUUUGUAACGUAGGCACGACCGACACGGUAGCUCAAAACUAUAGUGCGUUACGCAAUUUCGUGUUAACAGCCACGGGCGUCGUACUGACUACGUUACGCCUACUUUUACGUAGAUUAUUAUCGAGUGUUACGUACAUGUACAUACGCGUGUCCUCGCGUAUACGCGCAUACCGAUAAAACCGUUUCUCGUAAGUGCGUAUACACGCGUGUGCAUCGUUAUACGCAUACGCAUACGCAUACGCAUAGAGCGCAGUCCCGGAUUCCCAGUAAAUCAAAUUGGUCGUAAGCGAAUCGUAUUAAUUAGCGUAAGCUUCGAGAUCGGAGGUAGUUCGUCGCGACUCAUUGCAGGUGAUCCGUUUUCAGGUGCCCAACCCCCUCUUAACGUUAUUCUCCUUUAUUCGGUUCAGGCCAAUUCGAAGUCGAGUUACAUGUGCACGCGUGUACGAUUUACCUGCCAUAGUGAAUACGGUUUUUUAGCUUAUACACGAAUAGUGAUAAGGAUAUAACGUGGUGCUAUGUUUAAAACAUUCCUUGGCUAUCGAACUAUCUUUCGUUUCUUUAUUUUAAUCUCUCCGUUUCAUCUUCUUUGUGUGUUAACCCUUUCUCUGUCGGCCCUUCCCUCCUAUACGUGUAUCUCUACGUCCGUGGUAUCGAUUCUUUCUUGAACAACGACCAUCGUUGUAUGAAUAAAAAACAAUCGUACUCUUAUUCUGUAUUAUCCGUUGUACUACUUUCGAAAGCAAAUAACUGGAUGAUGUAUCGUAAGUUUUAUCGCGGUUGGUCCGACGGUCUGCAUUUAUUUCUGUACGUUUAAAACGUUUCUACUAUCGCGCGCGCUUCAGGUAUCUACGAUCACGAAUUAAUAUCCGAUUUCUCCCACCCUCUCCAAUCGAUGCGAUCGUUAAGAAGAUCUGUCAGUUACUGAUAUCGAUCGAUAUAUUUUAUGACUAACGCAAAUCUACAAAUAAAUUCCAUAUUUGCUUUAACGCGCGAUUCACUGUUUUCAUGCGACAAUCCUACAAGAAAUCCCAAAGAAGAAAAAAAGGUAUCUCCGUUACUGCGAAACUGUGGUGGAACUGCGGCCAGGAUUUUUAGAAGUGCGUUUAUCUUUGAAUAAUAAAAACGUUGUUCUCUCAAAGGUUAA